AUGAACUAUAUCAUCUCACUUCCAAAAACACCAGCAGGGUUGUAUGAUACUGAGGCACUUCAACGUCACUUUAUGCAUGGAGGAAUUAUUGAAGAAGAAGAUGUUUCAAGACUAAUUGAAGAAAGUGAAAGUUAUUUUGGAUUAGAAGAAAAUGUAAUUCAUGUAUAUGACAAUGUACUUAUAUUUGGAGAUUACCAUGGACAAUACUUUGACUUAAUUACACAAAUGAAUGACCCUUUUUGGGAAGGUCGAUACUCAACAUCAAUUUAUUUAGGAGAUUAUGUUGAUAGAGGAACAAUGUCAUGUGAAGUACUAAUAACAUUGUUGAGUAUGAAGGUAAAUAAUCCUUCUCAUGUGAUAAUGCUAAGAGGUAAUCAUGAAAGUAGAAAUAUGACUCGAUCAAUGGGGUUUAUGGCUGAGUGUAAAAUGAAAUACUCGUUAACUCUCUAUUAUCAGUUUUGUUCAUUAUUUGACUCUCUUCCAUUGGUAUGUGUUGUUCACCGUGAUAUAGGUGAUUUCUUUUGCUGUCAUGGUGGAAUAUCUCCAGACAUGACAACUAUUAAUCAAAUCAAUUCUAUUGAUCGUUUUCAUGAACCACCUCUUGAAGGUCUUUUUUGUGACUUAUUAUGGGGUGAUCCUAUUAGUGAAAAAAGGUUUGAAGAACAACCAGGAUUUAAAAAGCAUUAUGAUACCAUUACAUUUUUACCAAAUAAUGAAAGAAAUUGUUCAUAUUAUUUUGGGUAUAAAGCCAUUAAUGAAUUUUUACAAACCAAUAACAUUACUGCAGUUAUUAGAGGACAUCAAUGUAAUAGUGAAGGUGUUGAAAUGCACUUUUUUGGAAGUGAUGAAUUAGAAUUUCCUCUAUGUUUUACUGUGUUUAGUGCAUCUUUAUAUUCUUUAAAUAAUAAGAGUGGAUCUUUAUUAUUGUCAAAUGAAAAAAUUGAUAUUGGAAAAUACAACCAACCUGAUUGUUUAAGUCAGUAUAACCCAAUUCUUCCAAAUCCUAUUUUAUUUUCAGUAAUUAAAGUUAUGGAAAGUAUUGAAGACAUUAUGUACCAAUUAAUCUCAUUUGUUUUCAAUGAAGAAGAAGAUGAACAUGAAGAGAUUAGUAAAGUCCAAGUAAGUCAAGUACAAAUUCAACAAGAAAAUUUUAAGAAUGAGGCAUGUUCUUAUUUUAGUAGUACAGAAAAAGAAUUAAUAACUCCUCUAAACUCUUAUUUAUCUCAAAAGAAUCGAAAUGAUGAAGAUAUUAUUGUUAUUGAAAUACCUGAAGUAAAAACAUCAAUUUCAAGAAAAGGGAAAAUAAACAACGUUUUGAUAACGUUUAAAGAGAAUAUCCAAAAAAAGAAUUCACUAUUUUUAUCGUUUGAUCAAAGUGAAGUACAUCCAUUAAUAUAUAAUAAUUUACAUGCAUCUAUUGCUACACAAGAACCAAGUCUAUAUGAAACUAAUGAAACAAUAAAAAGAAUUAGACAAGAAAGUCUUCCUGUUUCUAUUGAAGAAAUAAGAAAAAAAUAUUUAGGAUUGAAUAAAUGA